AUGGCUGGAAACAUGAUCCAUCUUCCUAUCAACGUACAAUUUCCGGUCCCUCCCAAGACUCCUCUGACCCCACACCAACGACAUGUCCCGAGAGUUCCUCUUGCUCCCAACAAUCAACCUCAACGUAGACAUCAACUGCCUGUUCUUCUCCCAAAAGCAGAAAACGACACGAUGACCCCCGUUUCUGCACUCGCCCAGGCCAAUGCGCGUCUUGUUCAUGCCCGGCUUCGCCAGAACCAUGAUAGGCUGCAAGUUCAACUACAUGCACCCACACCUCCCCCUCCCCCUUCGGCCCCUCAGCCAUCGCCAUCCAGCAUCACCAACUUUCUCAGCAAUGUCGUUCGGGCGUCUGCGAGCCGGCUUAAUCGCGAGAUACAUCAGCUCAACGCUUUUUGUAAUCGACUGUUGAUGGAAGAGAAGGCAAAACUAGUCCAGGAAACAGCGGAGGAGCGACGGAAGCUGACACGAGAGCGAGACGAGGCACGUGCUGAAACAGAGAAGCUGCGUAUUCUGUUGGAUCGACGGAAGCGCUCUCGCGCGCAGUUCGAAAUCCUCGAGGAAGAAGACUCUGAUGCUGACGAACUCGAACUCCGGUAUCCCGAUUCGCCUCCUCCACGUCUUCUCAGCCCUUUUAUUCUUGCAGCGGGUCGUAACCGCAGUGGUUCUCCCGAUGGCACCCAUUUCGAUCUGACUAUCACUGGUGAUGCACUGCCGCGUCCUGCAAAGCGUCGUAGAGUCAGUCCAGAGCCAGCUAUUCCCGUCUCCGAGUUUCCCGAGUCAUUUCUCCGUGACACGCACCCACCAUACAAUCCGCAUGCAAGUGACGGUGAAUGCGAUAUGGAUCUUGAAACGGAUGUCGAAUCUGACGGCGAGUUGACUGCCUGUUCUUCAUUCUCGGUCUCCAAGCCCACAUCAACUGUCGUCUCUCCCCCUGUCGCACGACCGUCGAUUCAACAGCCUAUUCCAAUAGCACAGCCUCGGAAUUGUCGGCGCUCGUCCCACCUAGGAAUCGAGCAUGUCGAUAUAAUGUACUGGCCGACCGAAGGAAAGCUCGUUUGUCGCGCUUGUGUACUCACUCCAAGUUCAAGUCCAUCCCCGGCGGCUACGCGAUCAUCUCCAGCAGUCCACGCAUUCCCUGUUGAUGCUCCAUGGGACAUUCUUCGCUCUCACUGCGAGAAAAUGCACCCGGAAGCCAGUGCAGAUGUUGCUGGGCUGGACCGUGACUGUUUGCGGGAGUUGCGCCGGCGCCUGCGGUUGCCGCCCGCCCCGCCCACUCGGUGCUAA